AUGCAUGAAAAAGUGAGCGAAGGAGAGAGAAGUAUGAAGACGUCGUCCCAGUCGAGUUCUUCAUCGGUAAAUACGAGCGACGUGGAUGCUCUCGGACAGCGAACCGAUCAUUUGAUCUACAACUGCUAUGAAUUCGAAAAAUCGACGAGUUCUUUGAAUGAAUAUCGUCAUUGGAUCAAAGAAAAGGAAACUGCUAAUGUUGAAGUCUUGGAAAAGGCACUAUCCUCAAUCCUCGAUUUGGGCGAAAGCUUCGGAAAACUUGGUCCAAAAAUGGACAAAGAUAUUGAAGACUCUCUCGCUUGGUUAUUCGCAAAAGUCGGAUGGAGACCAACAAAUAUUAUGCAUCCAAACAUCGGGUACGCAGGAUAUGAAGAUAUGCUUCUUCGUUAUUGUGAUCUGAAAAAAGAGUUGGAUAAAAUGAGAGUUAUCAAUCUACGUGCAUCAAACAUUCGUACUCAAGUCGUUCAGCAACAACUCGAAACGCGUCAGAUGAAUGACAAGUUGGAUGAACUUCGUUGUCGUUGGAAGUUUCUCACUGUUACAAAAACUAUCGCCUCGAGAAAUCUUGGAUAUAACGAUGGACUUUCCAUGUUGUUCUCGUUACCUAUUUUGCUUCCUGGCAUUAUUUUUCACGAGAAGACAUCACAUACUUAUGCUUCCGAUCUUCUUGACAUUUUCAAGAGACUUUUAGUCGUAGCGGAGGCAAUUCAGUAUGAGAGAAGUCCGACAAAUGAUCCGAUUGUCACUAAUAGUAAUAUUUUGUAUCAUCUGUCCCAACCAUCUGUUCCAAGUCUCUACGUUCCUAUUCAGUAUGCCGAUAGCAAUGGAGAGGUUACGGCUCCUGAAGAAAAAAUACUUCCAGUUGCCCGUGAUAGCGCUCACACUCUUAUUGCAUCUGAAAAUGGAGAAGUCCACGCACCAGAAAAUAGCAUUUUACCAAUUGCCCGUGACAGUGCUCUUUCGUUGGUUUCAUCUGAAAAUGGGGAAGUCUCAGCCACUUCGGAAUAUAACAUGCCGAUUGCGAAGGAUAGUGCCACAACUCUGGGUUCCAAUGAAUCUCCCAAGCCACUUUCGAAAACUCAACUUACAUCUGGAGUUGAAGUAAAGCGGAACACCAAUAGCAUCAAAAGUCAAAGAAGAGGAUAA